UACGACUUCUCAACUUCUCAGAAUCCUAUCUAGCUAGUCAGCUGACUAGUUUUUGAAGCACAAUCAACCUCACGAACUGGUCCGUCCUCAAAUCCGUCCUUCCUUAAGAGUGAUUAGACUGCUGCAAAUUCAUCUCAUGCAUUCAUCUGAGAUUCAUAAAGCGACCACCUCGACAUUCUGACACCACCAGCCGACGACAGUAGUGGUUAUUUCUUAAAAUCUCAAAACCAAAGCCAGACGUUUGUCGAUUGAAGUCUAUCGAGCGCCGCUGGAAGGUUUAUUCGGGCUUCAUCAGUGCGAUGGCGGAGGUUCCAGGUACAUCGAGUGAGACGAUAACGGAGACCGUUCAGACGGGCACACCGCCUCCACCCCAGCAGGAGGGCAGAAGCCUGACCAUCAAGCUCAGGAAAAGGAAGACGGAGAAGAAAGUGGAGUGGUCCAGUGACACGGUGGACAAUGAGCAUCUCGGCCGGCGGUCCUCAAAGUGUUGCUGCAUUUACGAGAAGCCUCGACAGUUUGGGGAAUCUUCCUCGGAAAGUGAGGGCGAUGACGAGGAGGGUUGCGGGAGCGCACAUUGCAUUCUGGGACAUGGGAGAAGAGGCCAUGGACAAAGGGAGGGUGGAGGGACCACAGUGCCACCUAGUUCUGGGGGAACAAACCCUCAUUAGAUGUUAACGCCAGUGGGAGAGCUGUUUUGGAGGGAAGGGAAAAGGGCGGCGUGGGCACUACAUUCAUAAUCCCUCAUCCUCACUCACACUCCAUUACAUCACAUCAUCACCGGGUGUCAAAAGCUUCUUUUUUGAUGAAUGAAAGCUUGUAGAGCAAUGCAAUGUGAUUUGUUUUCUUCGCAGUCAUUAAUGGGAUGACUAGGAGAAAACUCUGCGAUCUGAAUGCUGCCGGAGAAUUUACGUUUGUUGUACAUAGGCAUUGGCUUUUAUUUCUUUUUGUAAAAAUCGAUAUUUAUUUCUUUGUGUUAACAACACGAUCUUACCGGUUCUGUGUCCACAAAUGUUUUAAUGAAUCGAAAAACCUUCAAAUCUAAGGUUCCACCGACUUCAGUCGAAUUUAAAAGGAAUAAAAAAAGGAAUUUUAUAUUAAAUAAAAAUUGCCUUGCGGUGUCACAAUUCUAGCAGCAGUAUUUCUUCAUAUCACUUGAUCACUUGAGGAAAUUGAGGAGUUUUAUGUGUUGUGUGCUAUAGUGAAUUUCAAUAAAAGAAUAAAUACAAAUUUCAGGAACUCAACCUUUUGAAUAUUUAUGAUCAAAUCAUCUCCAUUAGUUUUGAGUGAGUUAGUGAGUCUCCCUUCAGACAAUCAGACUAGUCAGCAUGAACAUACAAAGAAAUUGAUGUGUUUUUUCUUAGUAAAGUAGACCGAGAAACAUCUGUUAUGCUCCAAUUCAGAGCAUUAACUGGAUCAUUAAUCAGAAUUAAACAGCAGAGGGUUAUUUAAGGGAUAGAUUACGUAAAAAUGAACAUUUGCUAUUAAUUUACUCCCCCUCAGGUCAUCCUGACUUUUAAUUUUGUUGACAAUAUGGAAUAUUAGCUCAAUCUGUGGUCUUUGUUGAUUCAUAUAAUGCAAGUCUGACAUUUUGAGAGUAAAUAAAAGCACUCAAAAUGAAUAUGUGUGACUACAAAAUAUUAAACAAAAUCUGUUGAAGAAAAAGAGUCACUUUGGACUACCUGAGCAUGAGUAAAUUAACAGCAUAUUGUCAUUUAAACAAUGGGAUUGAUCUAUAAAGUUGAUCAUCCCUUCAUUCUCAUGCCUCACAUGAAAUGAGUGGAGAAAUCAGUCACCAUGCGAUGUAAGGUACAUCAUCUCAUCCUGGGCUCCAUGGCUGCUUUUAUUUAGCAGAAAUUGGUAUAAAAUCCAGCUAAAAUUGGGAACGGAGCAUGCCGUCUGGCUUUACGGUGUAAACUGAUUAUGUGUGGUAUAAAGGGUGCAUGGCUAAAUCCUGAUCAGUGGCCAAAACCAAAUGCACAUCAUCUUACCAUUGAUGUCAGAUACAGUUGAUUCCCAUCAGGACCAUCACCGCAGUCAUCUGUAUCCCAGCGUUCACAUCCAUCUGUCGUCCCUUUACUCUGAAUGCACCUGUAUGUACAUAGCAAAGGUCAUAGAGUGGAUUUAACACGAGUAAACAGAUGUUAAAUUAUGUUGUUUAUAUCUAUUAAAUGCUUAAUGAGAAA